CGAGUUUGAUAACCAAGAUCAGGUCAUGCCGGGCGGCCCUUUUGAUCAUUUGUCCGGCAAAACAAAUAGCCCGUGUUUGGGGAACUGGACUGCCCGCCUAGGCGCCUAGCUUUGAAACCUUCCGCCUCCCUCCCCACUCCAACUCGGGCGAGAAAUAGCUCGUAAGUGAGAGACUAAAACCCUAGAAUAAGAUUCUCUUGCAGAGUAAUCACCGAGACUCGACGUCGAAGAUGCCAGGAGCCACCCUGGAAAUGGAGCCAGUGGAGCCACAGUCACUGAAGAAGCUCAGCUUCAAGUCCCUCAAGCGAGCCCUUGAUCUCUUCUCCCCUCUGCAUGGCCACCUCGCUCCUCCCGAUCCCAAGAGUAAAAAUAUUCGCAUGAGCCACAAGGUAAGCCUGGAGUAUGGAGGAAACAAAGCCAUGACGAGUCAACCUUCCCUUGGGGUUAAUGCCAUUGCAUCGGGUCAUGGUGCUCAACCUCCAGUUCCUCCUAAUACCCUUGCUCUUACAGGUCCAGAGGAUUCUAGUGAUCUUCAGAAGGGAGGAGCUCAAAAUGAUCUAAUCGUUAGUCCAUCCAUUCAAUCAAAGGCAUCGAAUGAUGUUGGUCUACCCAGCAAAAGCUCUGCAGUUGUUUCUGCUUCAGGAUCAUCUGAAAGGAAUUUAUCUACAUCUGCUAUAAUGGAAAGAAUCCCAAGCAAAUGGCCACGUCCUGUAUGGCGUCCUCCAUGGAAGACCUACAGGGUCAUCAGUGGCCACUUGGGAUGGGUGAGAUCUAUUGCAUUUGAUCCAAGUAAUACAUGGUUUUGUACCGGCUCUGCUGAUCGCACAAUCAAGAUUUGGGAUGUUGGAAGUGGAAGGCUAAAACUCACCCUAACUGGACACAUAGAACAAGUACGAGGCCUUGCUGUCAGCAGCAAACAUACGUACAUGUUUUCUGCUGGUGAUGACAAACUAGUCAAAUGUUGGGACCUUGAACAGAAUAAGGCCAUCCGGUCUUAUCAUGGUCAUCUAAGUGGCGUCUAUUGCUUGGCUCUUCAUCCCACUAUUGAUGUUUUGCUGACUGGGGGACGUGAUUCUGUCUGCCGGGUUUGGGAUAUUCGUAGCAAGGCACAGAUUUUUGCUCUAUCUGGGCACGAUAACACCGUUUGCUCAGUGUUUACUCGACCUGUGGAUCCACAAGUUGUUACUGGCUCUCAUGACUCAACCAUCAAGUUUUGGGACCUCAGAUUCGGAAAAACAAUGCUUACUCUCACUCACCAUAAAAAGUCGGUGCGAGCAAUGGCACCGCAUCCUAAAGAGAAUUGUUUUGCAUCGGCUUCAGCUGACAACAUUAAGAAAUUUAACCUCCCGAAAGGGGAAUUCUUACACAACCUGCUCUCCCAGCAAAAAACUAUAAUCAAUGCAAUGGCUGUCAAUGAGGAGGGUGUGUUGGCCACAGGAGGUGACAAUGGCAGUCUUUGGUUCUGGGAUUGGAAGAGUGGUCACAAUUUUCAGCAAGCCCAAACAAUUGUACAGCCUGGCUCAUUGGAUAGUGAAGCUGGAAUCUAUGCUACAUCCUACGACGUAACUGGUUCAAGGCUUGUUACUUGUGAGGCUGACAAGACAAUUAAAAUGUGGAAAGAAGAUGAGAAUGCCACUCCAGAAACUCAUCCCGUCAAUUUUAAGCCACCUAAAGAUAUUCGGCGGUUCUAAUGGUCAUCUCGCGUUGAUAUGGAAAAUGUGAAGCAAAAUUAGAACUGUAAUUCGUGUACGCGAUUUGCUUUAUUAAAUACACAGGGCUUUCCGGGGAAUAUAUUUUUUGUAAGCUUUGACGUAACGUCAAUACCUGUAGGCAGAAAUUUUCAUAUAUUUCGUUUUUAAAGAAGUUUUCUUCGUAC